UCUCCCCACGAUCCACCCUCCACCUCCCUUCCCCUCCUAUUUUCUUUUUAUUAAUUCUCCGUCCUUUUUCAUUUGUUCUGGAUCUGGAGUAGUGUCUUCUCGUCUCUUUUGUCUUUGUGUACCUGAUUUGAUUGGGUGCCGGCGUUGAGAUUCCCGUGUCGUCUUUCCCCGUUCGCACAGUUUUUCACCGCGACCAUGUCUAGUCGCCAACAAAUUGACUCCGUCAUCGACGAUGAUGAUGAGUUUUGCCCCCUUUGCAUCGAAGAGUUCGACCUUUCCGACAAGAACUUCAAGCCAUGUCCUUGUGGAUACCAGAUCUGCCAAUUCUGCUAUAACAAUAUCAAAACGCACAGCGAAGAGGGUCGAUGCCCGAACUGCCGCCGUCCUUAUGAUGAUAGCACGAUCCAAUACAAGAUCCCUGAUGCGGAGGAGUUCAAAGCCGAUUUGGCCUUGAAGUCCCGCAAGGCUGCUGCAGCCAAGAAGAAGGAAGCCGAAAGGCGUGAGAUAGAGGCUUCCAGCAGGAAGAAUUUGGCAGGUGUUCGUGUUGUGCAAAAGAACCUGGUUUACGUCAUAGGCCUCAAUCCCACAAUCCGUGACGAGAACCAGUUGUUGCAAACGCUUCGAGGCAAGGAAUAUUUUGGACAAUAUGGUGAGAUUGAGAAGAUUGUGGUCAGCAAAGCCAAGCCAGGGGGCAAUCCACACCAGGGAAUCGGCGUUUAUGUCACAUUUUCCCGCAAGUCUGAUGCUGCGAGUUGCAUCACGGCCGUGGAUGGCUCCUCUAACGGCGAUCGUGUUCUGAGGGCUCAGUAUGGAACGACUAAGUAUUGCUCGUCUUUCCUUCGAAAUGAACCGUGUAACAAUCGCAACUGCACGUUCUUGCAUGAAACAGGCGAGGAUAGCGAGAGUUACAGCCGCUCCGAUCUUUCAUCCAUGAAUACCUUGUCCAGUCAGCGCCAACAUCCGCCGAAUAUUACUCAACCUCGCCCUAUCCAGCCGAUGACCCACACCAUGCGCCGGCAACCGAGCAAGGACGACUCUCUCAGUGGGCGCUCAGUUGUCCCUGACGGGCCCGCGCUUCCUUCAUCUGCCAGCUGGGCAAAUAAAGAUCCCACAAUGAGAGCUAGACGGGCCAGUUUAACCGGUAGCCAGGCGUCUCAGAGCCCCCGCCCUGCGAGCGUUUCCGUUGCCAUCGCCGCUGAGGAGCCCAAGCGAGUCGAGAGACCUUCCCCAGUUGUCCAGGCAGUACAGCGAACAUCAUCACAGUCUGAUACACGGUCACCAAUUUCCCAACCCGAGCCUCCCAACAAGCCUGUCAUCGAAACACCGAGCGCAUUCGACACCUUAAUCCGGGAUAUGAUGUCUCCGGAAUUCCGAUUUGUAUUUUCGGCCUCUGACCUCCCGGUGGAUGAACUCAAGCAUAUCCAGAAUUAUCCCUCUUUUAUUGACCCUUACGGCGGUGUCAAGCGCCGUGCUAUGCGUGAGAAAGCAGACAAGGAGCGUGCUAGUCGUGAGAGUGAGCUUGCACAAACUGCCCAAACUGCAGCAGCAGAAGAGGAUAGUAGGGAGGCUGGCAGCCUACAGCUUGGCGGAGAGCCAGAAGAUGCUAACCCUCCUCGGGGUCGUCAAACCCGUGAGUCUCAUGGCGCUAUUCAACCUCCAUCUCAACAAGGCACAGCCGAUAACUCUACUGUUGGGUCUCCUGUUUCAGCCACAAGCCAUCAGUUCCAUGGACUUAAUCUGGCUGGACGAAGCUUGACUCCACUCCAGCAGCAGCAGUUGAUGCUCCUCAAAUCAGCAGGUAACCAGCAGGCUGGUCUGUCAGAUCCUCUGGGCACUGCUGCUCUGGACCAAGCUGCACAGGUUCGCCAGGGUGUUCUGCAGAACCAAAUGGCAGCCCAAUAUGCGCUUCAAGCUCAAGGCAGGCAGUCGUCUCGCUUUGCCUUUACGAGCGACGUCAACACAAAGAACAUUAGCAAUGCUCGAAUGUUGAACCAGAUGCAACAGCCUGGUACCCCGAAUCCGCUCUCAGCGCCAAGCCCUCAGCACGGUCUUGCUGGUGGUUUUUACGCGAGUGGUGUUCAGGGCCCCCCUCCUGGUUUGAAGACAGCAGGAACUCCUCCCAUUAGUGGCGGUGGAAUGUUCGCUCAGGGCCACGGGUUUACUUCAAAUACCAACGUCGGGUUGGGAUCAAAUGUUGGAAAGCACGAAGCGACGCCAGAGGCGAUGCGUGAAUUAUUACGGGGGCGAAAUGGUACGAAUAUUGGUGGUGUGCAAGCCCAGGAGGCCGCAAAGCGUGAGUUCAUGUUCCCUUUCCUUCAACAGCACCAAACCCCACCUCCCCUGACUCCCGUCAAUGGCCUUCUCAGCUCUUUCUAUGGGUCCCGGACGGGUACACCACCUGACUCUGGUGGCUCACAGAAGCAGAAGAAGAAGGGAAAGAAGCACAGACACGCUAACACUUCCUCCGGUGGAGGUGGUGUAGUAGAUCUUGCAGACCCGAGCAUUUUACAGGCGAGAAUGCACCAGGUUGGUGCCAAUGCUACUGCUGGACAAGCGUUGUAUGGGAGUCAGGGCCAAGGUGGGUACAACCCCUCGAUGAUGUACGGCGGUGGGUUGAGCCUGGAUGAUGACUUCCCUCCUCUCAGCAGCCAAUUGAAAGAUAGCCAGCCUAUCGAUACAUUUGGUUUCCUGAAAUCUCAACUUCCCGGUGAUUCUACUGGCCGUGCAGGCACACCCACCCUUCCGCCAGGUCUUCCUUUGCCCCACGCUCACCCGGCAUCUGCUAUAUUCCAAGAACAGAGCGGCUCGUCUAAACCAUCGUCUCCGGCCCCCAUCGUGCCUCCUGGACUGGGGGGCACUCCAUCUCACUCUCGUCCAAUUAGUCCUGAGUUUGGCAUUCGCACAGGGAACUCAUCGGUGCGCACUAAGGAUGCAUCUCAAAUCUCUCUGGGAUCACCCGUCGCGAAACCAAUUCGUAAGCCUCGAAUUCAGAACAAAAUAGACGUUCCUGCUUCUAGCGAUGAUAGAGAGACCGGUGGAUUAGAUAGUCCUGUGGGUGCAAAGGCCAGCCCUGCUAGCGUGAGCGUGCCGUUGUCAUCGCAAGAGACCUCUUCUGUGCAUUCAGAGCGAGCCCUAUCUGGAACGUUUACAUCUGCCCUAUCUGGGACGUUUGCUUCUGCAUUUACGGCGCGACCUGGCUCAGUUUCUGCUGUCUCUGCUAUUGGUUCACGACCAAACACUCCUCUUACAACAACCUCUCGUGUUUCUGAUUCUUCUGCCCCUCGCCAGACACGCAUCCUCCGUGUCGUUGACACCCCCAAAUCUGAAGCAUCUCGCCACGUUGGAACCGCCUCAGCUGCUGGCACCGGCAAGUUAGGGUCUCCAAGACAUAGUGUUUCUUCCAUCAGCAGACCAGAUACUCCUGGUGAAUUCGGCUCUGAGGCAGAGCUUUAUCCCUCCGGCUCUGUAUCUCGCUCAAACUCCCCUCCUGCUUCGGGUCGCAUUGGCUCUGCUCCGGUGCGUGCGGUCACUAAGAGUCAGGCCAAGAAAGAGCGGAGACAGAAAGCGAAAGAGGCAGAAGCCAAAAAGGUCGAAGUCUCUUCCGUAGCCGAAGAACCCGUUCAAGCUCCAAUCAUGGGCCGAAAGCGCAAGACCAAGAAGGCACCGGCCACUGCCCUUGAGACAGCGGAUGCCGCUCCGCUCUCUGCUGAGACCUCAACCCCCGCCAAAAACCGUGCUGAAUCGCCCAAAAAGGCGGAGCCCUCACGCGUGGAACCCAAAGCUGAAUCUAUCAAGAAGGUGAAGGUCAAGGAGCCAAUGGUGGAAGAGAACAAGGCACCCUCCGAGGCACCCUCUGUGGGCGACGAGCCCGCUGAGCCCAAGACCCCCCCUGAGGCUUGGUACUCUCACAACACUAUGGGGCAGCUACUCAAAGAUGCCGAGGAAAGUGGCCGUUCGAUCAAAGACUUGUUCAUGGAACGCACCAAGCCCCUACAUGCCCUGCUUGCCGAGAUGCACCGAGAGGGAAAAAUUGAUCUGAACAAAAGCUCCUUGUUCAACCCUGCCAACCUCAGCCAACGCGGUGACAUGAAGUGCACUGCCGAUGACUAUGAGGACUUGAAGCAACCUACUGAACUUAACGAAGAACAUCGCAAGGCCCUCCUGCGUGGUGAGCCCGUCCGAGUGGGUACUCAGGCCCUCAAGACCCGUUGUCUUAUCACUCCUCGGGGUUGCGUGCUUCGACAUCUCGAACCCGAAGAAGAAGAGCGAUACCUCGAACUGGAGAAGAGUCGGAAUGGAAUCAUUGAUGUCUUCCCGGUCGGCGACGAUUCGAGCAACAUCAACGGUGGCCUUGAUGCCCUUUUCGUGAACCCUGAGAAAUACAACAUUUUCUGGGUGGACGACGCUAUGGCCCAGAUGGGAUCCUCCUCUCCCGUCCUGGAGCCCACCGAUGCCAUUAUUCCGCCCAACGUUCUUUCCGCCAUGGAGGCAGAUAGCACCCGCAGUCACGACUGGGCCGUCGCCCACUCUGCCGAGCUUCUCCAGACCACCACGGCCGCCGUACGCUCCUUCGCCGCUGCUACCGCCAAACAGCUGCUCGGCUCCGCUGCCAUCCCUGGCAGCAACCCUACCCUCGAAGAUGUAGCGGCGAUGACGGACGAGGAGCUGAAGAGUCUUUCCAGCAAGACACAGAAGGACCUAGAGACUACGCGCAAGGAAAUGGACUUGCUAGAUAAGAAGUUCGCCGGCCUGCUGCGCCGCAACAAGAAGCUUCAACAGCAGGCUCUGGCUCUCACUGAGUCCGCGAAGCCGAAGCAGAGUGCAUGA